AUGCGACUUCUUCUCCUGGCCGUGUGCACCGCGGUCGCCAGCAGCCAACUUGACGCGGUCGCCAGCAGCCAACUUGACGCGUCCACCUGCGCGCUCUGUGCAUACGGUGGUGACUGCAGUGGUGCGUUCUUGGGCAAACCCGGGCGCUUUUGUGGCGCCUACAACAUGACGUACGGCGUCCAAGAGCUCUGUUGUUGCGCCGAGCACGACGUCUGCGGCAUGCCUCACGCCGACGGGCAGUGCGACUGCUUACGGUUCGAGACAGACCCGACGCUGCAUGGACUCUACUGGCUGCGAACAACGUCUUUGCUGCAAUUCGUCAUGGACGCGGUGGUCCUCGUGAUCGUGUACGUCAUCGCGGGCGUCGUCCUUAUUCUGGUGCAGUUGCUUCUCUUCUUUGGCAUCGCUGGGUGCAUCGCGGUUGUGCAAGAAGCCCAAAUCGAUCUGCUAUCGUGGUGCCGGUGCAAGACGGCGGACAAGGCCAAGGACGCGCCCAAGGUCAAGGACGCGCCCAAGGUCAAGGACGAGCCCGAAGAUGAGGACGCACGGCUCGUGCCUGCAGAUACCCAAGGCGCGCGGUGGUCGAUUCAAGACGCCAAACUGGAAGAUGUUCCGACAAGCAUGCGGUGGUGGGACGAACCAACUUGA